AUGAUUGUGCUCUUUCUCACAGCGGAGCCACUGGUGCAGGUGAACGGGAAACCCAGCUGCUGCUUCUUCAAGUUCAGCCCCAAACUCAUGUUCACCAAGGUUCUGAAGGCCCAGCUGUGGGUGUAUCUGCGUCCUCUGCAGCAGACCUCCACCGUUUACCUGCAGAUCCUCCGGCUCAAGCCCGUAACGGAGCAGGGCAGCCGCCACAUCCGCAUUCGUUCGCUGAAGAUCGAGCUCAACUCCAGAGUGGGACAUUGGCAAAGUAUUGACUUCAAGCACGUGUUGCAGAACUGGUUCAAACAGCCCCACACCAACUGGGGAAUCGACAUCAACGCCUUUGAUGAGAGCGGCAAUGACCUGGCCGUUACCUCGCUGCGACCUGGGGAGGAGGGGCUGGUAAGGACCCUCAGACCUGUCCCAGGGACAUGCUCAACUCUCAAUUUAAUACAAACAGGCAUAACAACACCAUGUCAGUGCAAACAUUGAUGAUGAUGUCAUAUUUUGAAAUUGUCA